UUGACAGCUCAUCAUAUAUUUGGAGAUUAUGUUCGUAAACAUGAGAUUCCAAGAAAAGUAUUUCAUAGUUCUAUUGGAUUCAUAACGUUAUAUCUAUAUACAAAAGGUUUAAAUAAAGAGAUUUUCCCAAUCCCAUUCCAUAUUGCGUUCAUUAUAAUUUUCACAUUAGAUUUAAUUAGAUUAAGAUGGAAAUAUUUUAAUUAUUUAUAUUGUCAAGUUGUUGGAUUUUUAAUGAGAGAAAAAGAGAUUCAAAGUUAUAAUGGUGUUUUAUGGUAUAUUUUAGGUCUUGAUUUUGUUUUCAGUUUUUUCCCAAAAGAUAUUUGUCUUGCAAGUGUAUUAUUAUUAAGUUGGUCAGAUACUGCAGCUUCAACUUUUGGUAGAGCUUAUGGUAAAUAUACUCCAAAAAUUGCAAGAAAUAAAUCAUUAGCAGGUUCUAUGGCAGCUUUUGCAGUUGGUGUUUUAUCAAGUUAUUUAUUGUAUGGAUAUUUCAUUCCUGAAUAUAACUAUUUGAAUAAAGUUGGUGAAAUUUAUUGGACUCCAGAAUCAAGUUAUUUAAAUUUACAUUCAAUGAGUUUAUUAGCAGGUUUUGUUGCUGCAUUAUCAGAAGGUAUUGAUUUAUACAAUUGGGAUGAUAAUUUCACAAUUCCAACAUUAUCAAGUAUAUUUUUCUAUAUUGUGAUUACAAUUUUCCAUAAAUGA